AUGCGGACAUCAAAUAAUAAUUUAGAACAUAACAAUAUUGCAUUUCAAAAUAAUAUCACUUUAGAGGAAACCAACAAUACGACUAGUAUAGACUUAGAACAACAUUCAUAUACAGGUCCAAUAAAUGCACAGUCUCCUGAUAUAUAUAGACAAGAUACCAAUUUAACAAGAUUAGACUCACAUACUGCUAGUUAUGUUGAUGCAUUAAUUAAACAAGCAACAAAUUCAUCACAACCUUUACCACAAAUGGGAGAUAAUAAACCAUUACCACCACACUUACCUGAUAGAACCCCUUAUGAAGUUGCUUUUAAUGGAUCUAAUGAUCCUGAACACCCUUUCAAUUGGAAAUUAUCCCUAAAAUUAUACAUAUCAUUUGCUUGUUGUAUAACUUCAGUUGCUGUAACAUUAGGAUCAGCAAUGUUUGCAGCUUCACAACCAGUUUUAAUGCAAAAGUUUCAUAUUGGAUGGACUCCAAGUGCUUUAGCUACUUCAUUAUUCGUCUUUGGGUUUGCAUCAGGGCCAAUAAUUUGGGGACCAGUUUCAGAAAUUUAUGGUAGAAAAAUACCUUUAAUAAUAUCAAGUUUGGGAUUUGUUUGUUUUUCAUUUGGUGUAGCUACUGCUAAAGAUAUUCAAACCAUUAUGAUAUGUAGAUUUUGGGCUGGUUGUGUGGGAAGUGCACCAUUAGUAAUUGUUCCUGCUAUAUUUGCUGAUAUAUUUGAUGCUGAAACGAGAUCAAGAGCUUUGGGAAUAUUUCUGAUGUGUUUAUUUGGUGGACCUUUAAUUGCUCCUGUGUUGGGAGGUUUUACAGUCAAGAAUAGUGACUUAGGAUGGAGAUGGAAUGGAUAUUUCAUUGCUAUUGUUGGUUCACUUGGCUUAUGUCUUUGUGCAUUCAUUCCUGAAACAUUAGCUGAUAUUAUAUUAAUUGAUAAAGCUGAAAAAUUAAGAAGAAGGACUGGUAUUUGGGGAAUAUAUGCACCACAUGAACAAAUAAAAUUAUCAAUAAAAGAAAUAUGUCAAAAUCAAAUAACUAGACCACUUAUGAUGUUAUUCACAGAACCAAUAUUGUUUUUAAUUUCACUAUACAAUGCUUUUGUUUAUGGAAUAUUAUAUUUAUUUUUAACCGCUAUACCAAUGAUUUUCACAGGAUUAUAUGGAUGGUCUCAUGGCGUCGGAGAAUUGCCAUAUAUUGCAAUGUUUAUUGGAACAAUUUUAGGAGGUAUAAUUGUAUUCAUUUUUGAGUUGAGAAUUAAAAAGAUAAUGCAAAGAAACAAUGGAUAUGUAGCACCAGAAGAAAAACUUUUACCAAUGAUGAUUGGAUCCGUAUGUUUUACUAUUGGUAUUUUUUGGUUAGGUUGGGCAGGUGGUUUUGGAAAUAAAGUACAUUGGAUAGUACCAACUAUAGGGUGUGUACCAAUUGGAGCAGGUUUGAUUGCCAUCUUUUUACCAUGUUUGACUUAUUUAGUUGAUUGUUAUAUUUUUUAUGCAGCUAGUGCUAUAUCAGCUAAUACAAUUUUAAGAUCUUCAUUUGGUGGUGUUUUCCCAUUGAUUUCUAAACAAAUGUUUGAUAAAUUGGAAAUUAAAUGGGGAUGUACACUUAUAGGAUGUAUUGCUGCAUUGUUGAUUCCUGUUCCUUUUUUGUUUUAUUGGUAUGGUAAAAGUUUAAGAAUUAAAUCAAAAUAUUGUGCAAGUUUUGAAGAAGUAAAUAUUGAGACUAAGCAGCAGCAAUUGAUAUCGGAGCAAACAACUAUGGAUAUUUCAAUUAAAUAA